ACGACAUAAUAUCUAAUAACUACAUUGUUUAUUUACAAACUGUCACAAUCAAUCACCAAGAGAAGGACAACACAAAGCAACGCACUCACCGUACCGCAUGGCGGACGAGGGAGCGGCAGAGUGCCUCUUCGAGCGCCUCCGCAUGCACCAACAGCGGGCCCCUGAUGCCGCCGAGGUGGCGCGUUCCAUUACCGCGAAGAUCAACUCCCGCCUCUCAUCACACGAUAAACUUAUACGGCAAAGUACACUGGAUAAACUUUGGAAUAAACAAACGGGUGCCAUUCAGAUGUUACUGUCCAUAUUAGAGAGUUCCAGAGACACCCCAACAUCAACAUACAUCACGUCUAUAUUAAGAGAGGCUUUAUGUUUAAAACAGGGAAAAGGAAAAAAAUGUUCAGUUGCAAAUGAAGUACCAACGACGAAGAAGAAGGAUACCAAAAAGUCAGGAAAAGAAAAUAAACUUCCAAUUUUUAAAAAGGCAAACAACGUAGCAAGACAGCAAUGUUCCCUGCACUUCAUUUCGUUAAACGGCACGCAGGUUGUUCUUCGUACGCUGCUUAGCACACAUAGCAAAAGAGACAGUAACGUUAGCACGGAGCUGAUGUUGCAAGACCUGGUGUGGGUAUUGGCAGCACUAGCACCCAGAGAUCCAAAAUUCGCAAUGAAAGUAAGGAUGUUAGGGUGUGUGAGGACAAUGCAUCUUAUAUUGAAAGGCCAUUUCACUGACAACAAAUUAAUAUUUCCACUGCUGGUUAUACUAAAACAACUAGCGAAAAACAGUGUUACGACUUCUAUUUUAAUACGAGACGGAGCAAUAGCUACAUACGAAAGAGUUUUAGUGAGCCUAGGCUACAUCCCCACUGCUCGACUCCGCCUGUGCCUUGACGCCAUCGACUACUUUAGCAAAAACAAGGUAUGCUGCAUGCAGAUCGUGAAGACAGGCCUUUGUAGCGUGCUGAUAAGGGUGUUCGACCGAUGGGAUCGCUACGAAGGACGCAUGAGAUUAAAGAUUUGCGCACACAUCCUUCAGACUAUGCAACAUCUCUGCAAUAUAAAAGCGGGACGCCGGGCUCUGUGCAUAAAAAAACACGUACAAAUACUUCAUAGGUUUUGCGCUCAGUGUCCAGAUGAAAUUGAGUUCGAUGGGCUGUUAGCACGAGUGUGCUCUGUUAUCACUUUAUGUUUGAAGCACCAAGCUUUACCAGUACCUUCUACUAGUCCAGCCUCAUUCAAUCUCAACCCUAUCUUGAAAGGAACAAAUACAAUGUGGCCAUGCCACGAAGAUGAUGAAGAUGGGGCCAAUUCAGAUUCAAAGACAAUUAAUUCAGAUUUAGAAGAUGAUGGUCCAGAUAGUGAUAUUGAGGGCAUCGAUGAGUAUCCUGAUAUUGAGUUUGAUAAUGAAACCGAAAUAAAAACUGAAGAUAUUGAAAAAUCUCAAAUCGCCAAAAGUGGAGAAAGUUUACAAAGUGCAGUAUGGUUCAACCCCAAUGAGAGAGAAAUAGAAGACUUAAAAAAAUAUUAUAUUUAUUUUAAAGAAUUUGGAUCCUAUAAUAAACAAAUAAGACUGGUUAAAAGUCGAUCCAACUCUCGUGGUUCCAUUUUAGAUGAUAUAUUUAACCCACAAACUAGUGGAAAUCGCUAUCAACAAUCCUCUUCGAACCUUUCUCUUGCUGGAGGUAUAGGAAUUACGGAUUAUGACGCCGUUCUAGGGUUAUCGCAUUCAUUUUCUCAAGGAUAUCACAAAAUACAUGAAAGUACAUCUACCACAUCUUGUUCUUCACUGAAAAUACAUAAAGACAUUUCAAAAGUCGGUAAUUUUGCAUCCGUUUACUCUACAAUAUCUUCGAGAGUCAGAAGUAUAAUACCGUUUGUCAAAGUUGCUUAUCCGGAUAUGACAGGAGGGCAGGGUUUUAAUCAACCUGAGCCCUUAAACAAAAUGGAGCGAAUUGCUUGCAGGAACAAAUUGCUAUCGUGCGUGGAAAGAGCAAUAAAUCCUGAAUCCUACAUGAACGAAGUUGUUUAUGAUUUAGAUUCACUCUGCGCUUCCAGUACAACCACAGAGUCUACAGCACAAAAAAGUUUGAGCACUGACAAUUUGUGCCUUAAUAACACCGAUGAGCAAGAAAUUACAAAAAUGAAUACAUUUGCGUCAAGACUAAGUUUUGAAUCAAGAUUUGAAUCUGGAAAUCUUAGAAAAGUUAUUCAGGUAGGUUUAAGAGAAUAUGAGCUGAUUUUAAUGCCAGAUGUGAAUUCUCCAAAACGACAUCAAUGGUUCUAUUUUGAAGUGCGAAACAUGCAGCAGGGCCGCCCGUACGUCUUCAAUAUCGUGAAUUGUGAGAAAUCAGAUAGCCAGUUCAAUUUUGGAAUGAAGCCUGUAAUGUAUUCUGUGAAGGAAGCUGUUCUUGGAAAACCAGGCUGGGUGAGAGUAGGUUCAGACAUCUGCUACUACCGCAACAGUUACCAUUACGCCAACCUGAAGAGCAACAAAUGUUACUUGACUGUCACCUUCAAUAUCGAAUUCCCUCACACCAACGAUGUCUGCUACCUCGCCUAUCAUUUUCCAUUUACAUAUUCCAUGAUGAUGACUAGAAUAUGGCAAUGGAGCACGCAGAUGCCACCAAACGCCUACCUCCGUGCAGAGCCUCUUUGCUAUUCGCUAAACAACAAUGAAGUUCCUUUGCUUACGAUAUCGGCGGAAGAUGCACCGUCCAAUCCUAUAGUGGACAGAGAAAUAAUAUUCCUGACGGCGCGGGUGCAUCCUGGGGAGAGCAAUGCGUCGUGGGUGAUGGACGGCACCCUCGACUACCUGAUGGCAAACACGCAGGCUGCCGCGGCGCUGAGGGCUAAAUACGUGUUCAAGAUCGUACCCAUGCUCAACGUAGAGGGAGUCAUCAAUGGCUGCCACCGCUGCGGCUUAACUAAUGAAGAUUUAAAUCGACGCUGGUGCAAGCCGAGCCCCGUUUUGCAUCCUUCUAUUUACCAUACCAAGGGCCUAAUAGAGUACCUAGUACGAGUUUGGAAGAAACCGCCGUUAGUGUACUGCGACUACCACGGUCACUCGCGCAAGAAGAAUGUUUUCUUUUAUGGAUGCGCCGGCGCAGAGAGCUGGUGCAGUAACGAUCGGCUGGUGCCGGACGAACCUGUUAAAUACCUUAUGUUGCCUGCGCUCAUGCACCGGAUAUCGCCAGCGUUCGCGCUCGGCUCGUGCUCGUUUCGCGUUGAACGUGAACGCGAAAGCACGGCGCGCGUCACAGUAUGGCGUCACUUGGGAGUCACCAGAUCCUACACUAUGGAAGCCUCCUUCUGCGGUUUCGACCGGGGACCCUUUAAGGGAUUCCAUCUGAAUACUCAGCACCUCCAGGGCGUGGGCAGCGACUUUUGCGAGGCGCUCAACGGUCUCGGCGAUAACGCCAACGGUGUUGACAUUCAGCUUACUAAGGAUCUUAACGGAAAUAUCGUUGAAAUUCAUUUAGCCGAUGCAGCGGACAACAGUGAAUUAGCAGUGGACAGUGAACCAGGCUCUGGAUCAGACAGCGUGUUGAAGACAGACUCUGAUGAAGAUUUUGACUAAAACACUCGUUGUCUUAGGCUAAGCGUUUACAAGGAAUGACCUAACUAUAAAUAUCAAAUCAGCUUUAAAUUCAUAAAUUAGAUUAAAUGGCCUUAAUUAUAAAAUAGGGUUAGCGCACACGGUGAUAGGGCGCAUCGUUUUGUAUUUAAAAAAAGCUUCCUAUACCAUCACGUUAUCACAUAACUAUUAAAUCUAAUAAAGGACUACCACAGCCAGUUCUUAUUUCAUCAAGCCACUUUAUGCCGCAAUCUCAUAUCAAUAAACUCCGGGUAGGAAAGUGCCCUGCACCAGACUUUCCGGCUAGGCUAUUUAUUGCCCUCAGUUAAUCCUUUGCUCACUUAAUGCUUACGGUGGAAACAAUUUGACUAUUCUUCUUCUUUUAUUUUAUAGAAUAAGCAUUAGGGGAUUACAACUAGCGUUUUAUCCGGGACAACUUUUCAGUGACAUAUAGAGAUCUAAAUUUUCCAUUGUUCUAACGUUUUCAAAUAUAUGUAACCUAUAUACCUAGUUUGAUAAUAAGUCUCGAUGUGCCUAUUGGUUAUAAAGAACAAUUUCAGCAAAUAAAGUAUGACGAUUUAGGAAUACAAAAAAGGAACAACUGCUGCUGCAAAUUCUAAUGCUGUCAUGUACCACAGACCAAAAUUUGGUAUUUCAGAAUUGGAAAGUACCUAGACAAGAAAUAGAAACUAUUCCACAAUGUUUACAAUACCUACAUCGUUGCGC